AUGGGGCUGACUACUUAUUUGACAUGUCUUUCUGCCCUCGCUGGCACUGCCGUCUCGGUAUGGAAUGAUUUCUCUGGACUACGUCCAGUCUUAGCCGCUAGCUACGACACAGCCCAGCUCGCAAAUAUUGUGCCUACUCCCAACGUUAGCCUUGACUAUUCCUUAGACACUUCUGCGAACCCACGUAGCAGUGUAAGCAUUGUCCUUCAAGUCGAUCAACCCGCAGUGCUACUAGAGGCUAUUGGAGAGGUACAAAGGGUUGUCUGCACCUAUGGUGCGGUUAGGGUCACCUUCAGUAACCCAGCUGCAUUCGAACAAACGAUCUUGGAGUGGCCUCGUACUGGGAAGUUCUACCUGAUCACCAACCACCUAGAUAACUGCAAUGCGAGAGGCGAGCGAGGAAUCUACCAUGUCACUGGUCUUAGCUGGGACGACGACGCCACCACCGUGACGGCAAAGGCAGUGAAGACAACCAUAGCAAGCAUAGCCACUUUCAUGAGCGUCGAUUUCUCCCACGGCCAGGGGCUCUCGUCGAACAAUAGCGGGAACAUCACAUUCGACGAACCCGGUAUCAAUGUUGCUUCCAACUUCUCUAUUCCCGACGAUAUUGAUAUCUUCUCGGCGCCUCCGAACUUCAUUGCCAAGGCUGAUGCGGGAUAUCUCAGCGACGCUGCUGUCAUCCGCGGCCAUUUCGAUUAUGACGUCCCGAGCUCACAAAUUCAAAAUCUCUGGUUUGACAUAGACGCAGCAUUCUUCGGCAAUUUGGCUGUCAGUUUCAAUGUCACGUCACCUCUAGACAACAAUAAUUAUUCGUUCUCUCCAGGAACGUUCCAGCCAAGCGAGAUAAAUGUUCCUAGUGCUUUCAGCCUUAAGCCAGCACUUCAUUGGACUGUUGGCGCUGAUGUUGGCACUGUUGGCCCUUUAAAGCACAGUAGCAACAUCACUGUAUCGAUUCCUGAUGGUCACGCACACGUCGAUUUCCUCAAUAGCAACCGUUCACACGCCGUCGGUUGGGGCCCCAAAUUAACCUCAGCGAUUGAUACCAGCGAAGCAGCUACCGGCCACGCAUCUCCGUUCGUCGACUUUUCGAUUGAAGUGGCCCUGAACGUAUUGGAUGGCCGUUUCAAUACCACCGGUGGAAUCAUAGCGAAGCCACAGUUCGUGAAUGAUUUGACUGUACCACAAAGCCAGACACGUAUCAGGAAAGCCGACAGAAUGCUUUGGCCCAGAAAUGCCACAUGCACCAACGGAUUCGAAGUUCGAUCUACUUUCAACGUCACUGUUGAUGCAUUCGUUGCGGACCAGUGGCAGAAGACACUUUAUAACGCUGAGCUUCCCGUUGCAGAUGAGUGUUUUCCUUUCUAA